UGGAGGAGGAGUCGAGCUCUGGCUGCCUCUCCUUGCAUUGUCGUUGCAUUUGUCUGCAUUAAUUUUUUUUUCAGUUCGUAAUCUCCUGGCGCCGCCUUUGCAUAUCGUCAUCUCACUGAAUCUGAAAGCGGAGGUGGGGAUGCUGUCCGUUUAGAAGAACCCCAACAAAGAGCAUAGCUCCUGUCUGAAUAAAGUGACAUCAGGGUGUUGCAUGUCUCAUUCAUGCCCUGCAGUUGGGUAGACAUUGGAUUUUCCUUCCUUCUUUCCAACACCGGUCACAUCACUUUGGAACCAGCCGGAGGUGUAUCCAUCCCAGGACACCGGACAAGAAGCAUGCGGUGGAGCACCGGCACUAAGCUAAAAUAUUGAAGAGCUGUUUAACAUCGCCAGGGCUGAGAGUUUUUGGAGCAGGUGACAGCAGUGUGACAUGACAGACGGGAAGACAAGCUCAACAGCAGGUGCUAGCAACGGGGUAGUAGAGAAGGGAGACGAGGAAGAAGGUGAUGAUGACCUGCAGGAUGGUGGAGUCUUGUUCUAUGUGAAUCGUGGAGGGCUUCCAAUCAAUGAGCCCACGUGGGAGAGGAUGUGGAGGCAUGUAGCACGAAUUCACCCAAGGGGGGAUGAAGUAGUGAAAAAGAUCAGAGGAGCCACUAACCUGCCGAAGGUCCCUAUACCGUGUGUGCCUACAUUCCAGCCAUCCACCCUGGUCCCUGAGCGUCUUGAAGCCAUACAGCGAUAUAUCAGGGAGCUGCAGUACAAUCACACUGGAACACAAUUUUUUGAGAUUAAGAAGAACCGUCCCUUAACUGGCCUCAUGGACAUAGCCAAGGAAAUGAUCCGAGAGGCUCUGCCAAUCAAAUGCCUAGAAGCUGUGAUCCUGGGAAUUUACCUCACAAAUCCUAUCCAAGGGGUGGAGCGAUUCCCUAUCAGCUUUAAAACCCAGUUCUCAGGGAAUGUCUUCCGACACAUUGUUCUGGGGGUGCAUUGGGGAGGAAGAUUUGGAACACUGGGUAUAAGUCGGAGGGAGGAUCUCAUGGACAAACCCCUAAUAUUCCGCACACUGUGGGACUUAAUCCUUGAAUUUGAAAAAGCCUAUUGUCAUUACUGGCAUAUUCUGAAGAAGGUGAAGCUUGGUCAGUACAUGUCCCAUGAUCCUCACAGUGUUGAACAGAUCGAAUGGAAACACACUGUUCUGGACUUAGAAAAAUUGAGUCGUGAAGAUCUAAAAAAGGAGUUGGAGAGACAUGCACGUGAUAUGAGACUUAAUAUUGGAAAAGGACAAUCUUCUCCCACCAAAGAUCGGAAAAAGGAUGUGGGAUCACCUCAGCGAGGACAAUAUAGUCCACAUCGGAGAAACAGCCGUGGAGAGAGACGGCCAUCAGGUGAGAAGAAGACUGCAGAGCCAAAGGAUAUUUCGGAUGUAAGCAAUUACCAAAUCAGGGUAUAAAGUUCCCACAGCACUGUGCCAAAGUGGACUAAUGUAGACACAGCAUAGUACACAGCAUUGAAGAAAUCACAGGUACUUUCCAGAAAAGUGUUGGCAUCACUGACACUGAAGUCAGAUGAAAGUGGACGAAUUUCACCUGUACAUCCAGCAUAAUUUAAACAAGCCAGCAGAACUUAUUUCUACUCUCAUUGUUCAUUUCCUACGUACUGGGCUGCAGUGUUCUUUGAACUGGUGAUCCAGCUGCAACAGUCCUGACGGCAGAAGAUUGAGGUUUACAGAAGAAUCUGUGGCUAGGAAAUAGUUUUCCACAGUGUACAGUACUGUGAUAUUCCUUAAAGUAGUACCGUAAGUGUCUGUCCAAUGUCUGUACAGGGAGAGUGAUGUAAAAUGGAUAACAAAAGAACCUGUUGUACCGCUACAGUGCUUUUUAACACAAGGUCAUUUUAAAAUGUCACCACAUUCCUUAACCUGCGUGACUAAAACAGUUGGCGUUUUAACAAGUACUAGAAAUAAAGAUUUAUAGGCUAUACAGAAUACAUUCAGUGCUAGAAUAUGUUGAGUAUUAUUAUAUAUAUUUUACUUUGGAGACCUGUGUCCAACAAUUCUGUGAAAAACUGACAAUGAAGUCCCAUCACAAAGUGCCAGAUAGAACCUUUUCCAGAUGCUGCUCCUUGUGUGUCGUAUUUAGUGAGUAGUACCUUUCUAUUUUUUCCAGUUUUGGGAUGUAAGGGUCUGCUCUUUUACUGAAAUAAUGCAGUACUGUAUCUAUGUAUGCAUGUAUUACUCCGUUGCACCACUUAGAAACUUCACUGUAUUCUCCGUAACUGUCCUCAUACCAUCCUGUCACAGUAAUUUACCAAUGACCCAGACUUCUUACGAUGUUGCUUUGAGUGCACGUGUGGAUGCAGAAGGUAGAGUGUAGUUUUAGUUAAUGCUUCAGGGAUUUCCUGCAGUAAUGCCCAUUUUGUAAAUAACAGCACAGAUUAAACUGAAAGCAAGAUUCAAGUCCAGCAUACCUGAGCUGGUAUCUUGUGAUACUGGGUAAUAAGUAACUGGCACUAUAAUUCCAAAUGAAGUAAAUUGGACACAAUGACUAAUCUAUAGCUCACAUCAAGACUAAAAGAACAUUUCAUUUAGGUGGGAAAUAGAAUGAGAAAAUAUACCUCAUAACAGAUAUGCUCAUAAUUUGUUGUAAUCAUUAGUUUGAAAAAACAUAGUGUUCAUUUAAGUAUCACCUUUCUAGUGCAUAGAAUUCUUACAAACUCAAAUAAUGUAGGCCUAAAAAAAGGCACUUUAAAAUUGUGGUAUCACAGCUAUUAAAAUAAGCAGACUGCCAGGAAGGAAAGUUUUAAUUAAAGCCAAUGUCUAAUAAAAGCUGCAUUUUUAAAUCAAGCCAUAACUAUUUAGACACUUUCUGCAGAGUAUUUAGCUCAGCAUGCCCCUGUCAAAGGUCGAAAUGUGAUAAUGCAAAUCGUUUGCAGUAUGUAGGUCAAGGUGCUGCAUCAGAAGUUCAAGAUUCGAUAAUCUGAGACACAAAACUAGGAAAGUUUGUAUGUGAUUAAACAUAAGUAACAGCAAACUGCAAAUGUCACUGCUACACAUUCAAAGUAUUUUUGCAGAGGAACAAGCUCUCUACACCCUGUCAAUGUGGGGGACUGUACCCCUCACACUCCUGUUACUUAUGUAUUCUAACCGUGAGCUCUCUGUACCUCAUAGAAGGAAUGCUCAGAGAUACAGCAAUUUCACAGUAUUUCCCCACACUUAAAUUCAUGGAGCUCUAAGGAUCUCGGUUAUGGUCCUUGAACAUACAAUGGGAGCCCAGAACUCAGCAAAUACAUGCAAGCAACAAGCCCUGAUAAAAUAUCUAUUAGAGGAAUAAAAACAAACAGCCCUAUAGGGUAUUUAUAGGUAUGUGUUAUAUGGACAAAUACGCUUAUGUCUCUGGAAAACGCAUUGAAAUUUUAUUGUGUAUACCCCAAAUAUACAGAAGUCUGUUACUAUAAUUAAAUAAAAUACAUUUUAUUUCUUUGGAAGGAAAAUUACACAUCAAACAUUUAAUUAAUGCAUAGUCAAGUACAGUCAUUAAAAAGACCUGCUUUAUGCAGUAGGCAAAGAAAGAAAACAGCUAUAGUCUGUACUUUGCAGUUGUACAGACUAAUAUUGUGUGCUCUUUCAGAGCAUGUCUGACGAGACAAUUAGUAUUAUAUACAAUACAUCAUAAGGGGAGUUGACUUUUCAUGUGGUAAAUUUGGAUGCCUGUCUGUAUUCACUUCACAGUGAAUGCUAACAAACCUGAACCCGUUUCAUUAUGCUGUCUUGUUAGGACUAAUUACAAGGUAAGAGGUUUAUCUAAUGAAGAAGUUUAGUCAAUUUAUGUUAUAUUCUGAAUGGCCAAAUUAUGUUCAUAUUUCACGUUUCCCCUGGAAAAAUUGUACAGCUCCAGUUUAGGACUAACGCAAAAAAAUAAAAUAACAUAAAAUAAUGAAAGAAGGAAAGAAACAACAAAAUAUGUUUUAAUACAUAAGUUAGAAAUAUAAGAUCCUGAUAAAACACCAUAUUGUCUCCCUCAUAGAAAAGAGAGUUUAAAUUUAACGGAUUUGACUAUUACAGUUUUACUGUAAUAGACUCCAAGAAUAUGUAUUUCUUUAUUCUUUGUUGACCAGUGAAAGCAGUUUUCCAUGUGAAUCUGGUAUCGUUGACAAGAUUAAUAUGGCUUCCUGUGAGUCAGCUAUUGCAAUUGGAAACUGCAUGAAUCAAACCAAUUUAAUGGCAAUAUACCAACCAGAAUUGGUGGACACUGCAUAAACAGUGUUAUUCUCACUUAAAAAAAUAAGAGUCAUGUUUCACAGUCACAUUUGCCUCCUACCAAUAAGCCAUAUGUUUCUUUCCUUUGUGUGACUAUCUAGUUUACAUCAUUUUUAGGUCAUUAUCUUCCUCUUUAGAUAUAAGUAAAGCAUUCAAUAAAUCAUCAGUCUUCGAUUUAAACAUGGGGCUGGAUUCAUGAAUGCCUACUCUAAGUGUGCACUAAAUGUAAACCAUUCUGUGUGAGCAGACAACACAAGCAUAACUCACACCUUCUUCCUCCUAAUUUUAGUUUUCCUACCAAUUUUCUUACAAUCUUAAAUGUUGAGGGGGACUGAUAAAUGUUACCACUACAUCAACAUCUAGUCUAAGAUUUCUGAGUGAAGAGAUAGCACAAAAAAUGUGGUAGACAUGUUCUUGAAUACAGACCAUGUACACUUUAUUUUAGGUGUUCAUGCAUCAUGAACUAUUUUUUACUGAUACUAGUUUCCAGUGUAAUACUCUAGUCACUGCAUAUUAUCUAUUUGCUCUUGUACUGUUUCCAUAAUUAGUGAUUUGCAGCCUGCAUUACAAUAGUAUUUUUCUGCUUAUAAGUAGAUAGUUAUUAAUGUAUUUUUCUACCUUCAUUUGUAAGCCCUUUUAUAAAUUUUGCAGGUCUUCUCUGUAACCUGCUUUUUUGUUUUGUUUGUUAUGGCACAGUACCUGAAACAAAAACUGUGCAACACUUUCACUGGGGAUAUACCCAAGGGCAGUAAUUUUUUACUUCUUGAGUUAAUUAACUUAUUUCUUGUGAUAUUGCUGCUUUUGAGCCAUUCUCUGCCACCAGUAUCUUUUUUGUAUUUCCUGUUAGUUAGUUUUCAGAAGUGCUAAAACUUUCAUAGUCUACAUUUCAUGUUUUACAGUAUGCUGUCUAGGUUAAAUGUUUAUAUUUGUAUUAAAGCUCUUUCUUUUAAAAUAUAUUAAUAUAUUAAAUAUAUAUUAAUUAAUUUAAAAGUAACCCAUUUGUCUUCAGUUAAUAAUGGCAAGGUCUCACUAAACUCCUUAUAUACAUUGCAUAUGUAGUUAAAUCCCUAUGUCAUCUAGAUAUAUUACUUUUUCUUUUCUAAAAAUUCACAUUUUGCAUCUGAGAUGAAAAAUUUAAAAUCUGUUGGUUUCAAGACCAGGUCAUGUGACACCUAUUCAGUACCAUGUUCUUGCUUGAGAAGCACUUCUAUUUAUUAUUAACUAAUGGUAACUUUUUAUCAAUGUACAUAUUCCAGAGUGAUGUUUAUAUGUUUACAGCUUCUCAUUUAGGUAACAUUGCAGAAAUCUAGUCUGUUAAAUACUUCACUCAUGACAACUUAUACAGUAUCAUUUAUUCUUGGUACAGGUUGUAUUUCAUGAAUGUAAUUUUUCACAUCCUUCCCCUUAAGCAAUGAAUAUAAUCAAAAUAUACUACAUGAGCAACUACUUUUGAAAUUGUAUUAUGUCUUCCAAGUCUUCUGUACUACUAUUUCCAAGUAUCACUCAUUAUAAUUUUGAAGCAUUUCUUCAUGACUAACAGUUUGCAUAUUGCCUAGUACUUGUUCCAGUCAUUUUAUAAACCUUUGUAAUCAGACAUAAAGGAGAAAGUAAUUAUUGGUAUUAUUUCAGUCUAUUGUCUUAAUAUGUUUAGUAGUGUUACAAGAGGUGAAAUUUGUCAGUAUUCAGGGAAAACAGAUAUUCUGAUUUUACUUCAUAAAUCUAGUAAUAAGAAAAUAAAAAACAAUACAGACACUAGUGUUACAUCAUUUGGUAUAAAAACUAGGGAAAAGAUUACAAAAACUAUUGCAGAAUUAUUAGAUAAUAACCUUCUAAAAUGAAUGCUUUUGGAGAGUAAUUAGUGUGAAUUUCAAGGCAAGUCUUGUGUUGUUUAACCAGUUAUUUUGAACCAGUUAGAAAUGCAGUGGGCAACAAACUUCUCAAUAUAUGAUAUUUUGCUAAAUUUUCAAAGUCUUCAGUAGAACACAGUAAAAUUGUGUACUUUGUGCUUAUUGAAGAAUUAAACAAAUUGAAAACUGGACAGGUAUCCCCCCAAUCAAAUCUUUAUUACACCAUAAACUGAGCAAAGCUGGACAGGAGCUGUCUGAAACUCCAUUUUCUACCUUUAUGAGUGUUUGGUAAUAUAGGCUGCUGGCUUAAUGUUUCAGUAGGUCAGUCAAGCUCAGCGAACAGAAGGAGAAGGAGGCACACUGAUCACUCUCCCAGAAAAGACAGCAAGAAAGUGUGUGUUCUUGUGUGCAAGUAUACAACUAUUUAGCAGACAUUCUGGCACAAAUAGUUAACACUGUUUUUCAUAUAACGUAUCUUUUCAAUGCAAAAAGGGGCUUCUUGAACAUCAUAAAGUCCUUAUUGUACUGAAAAUACCCCUAGCCAUAAGGUUAUUAUGUGUGCGGUAUGUAGGCUACUCCAUGCAGUUUGGUACAAUUUAGUGCGAUACUGCAAAUAAAACCAGGCAGGAGAAUGUGUAAACUUUAAAAAGUACUGUGCCACAUAGUGCAAUUGGCAGGCAAAAUAAUCUACCUAAUGUGGUUACAAAAUGUGUCUACUUCAAAUUUUACUAUUAGAAGUGGGUUUGCUAGUCAAGAGGUGUGGUACAGAAUAUUACUUCAUAUUUUAAUAAUUUAUCCAUCAUGAGAUUAGAUGUGGGUAACGGUGUAUACUGGUGAGUUGACAAUUGUUAGGAUGAAAAUCAAACUUACGUCUUGUGCAUCUUCAUAAUGUUGUUACAUAUAAACACAGUGUAUCUCCAUAUUACCGAGUUACUGUAUAACCACACUGCAGAUGUCUUCAGCUGAGCAAAUGAAUAAGGUUAUAAAAAGAUGUACUAGACAUGUAAAAAGAGAAAGCAGAACUAACUACUGCAAAAAAGUCAGUUCACCAAAAAAAAAAAAAAACUCUUCACAGCAAGUUGCUGUAAAUAAUAUUAAGUAUAUCUUGUACUAACAGUUCAAAUGUGUAAAAAAACAAAGGGAAAAACCUGCAAUGGUAUAACAGAAUGAUCAAGAGACAUGAAAACACGUGAACUGCUUUACUCUUCUAUUCAUACUUCUAUCCAUUUUUUAUAUGUGUUUGUUUAGUACUAUGACUAGUGAUGUAAAGUUUAUAAUCCUCAAACUAUAGUAAUGGACAUAUUUUGAAUAAAUAAGAAGUAAUCAGAACUG